CGCAUGUUCGUAAAUGGAAUCGCAUGCGCGUGAUUGUUUAAUCAAAGACUUCACCCUCCAGGUCAUUGUAUAAACCUUAUUAAAUAAUAACCGACAAUGUAUUUCAUUGAUAAAAUAAUAAUCGUAAAGUGAACAAAAAAUAACUGGAGUAAAAGUUUAAACAACAAGUAAAUAAAAUAUUAAAUCAAACGGUUGCGUUGUCGGGUGCAAUGACAACACUCACCAAUCGAUAAAAAUAAUGCGAGUAAAGUUCGUGAGAACUUUGUUGGUUCUGGCGUUACUUGGUAAUAUAAUUGUGUGGCAUAAGAUAUGGUGGUUAUUUACAUCACAGAAUACAUUAAAAUCGUCAACGGGCACCACCGUUUCGAUGGACAACCCCCAGAAGCUUCAUCGAAGAUUAGCACGAUUAAUUACAAUAGUAAUACGCCAAUUUGAAACAUUGGAAAAUGAUGUUGCGGCAACAGUAGACUCCGUCCUUAAUUCAUUUCCUGCCAUGCCCAUACUUAUAGUUUGUAACGAAUUACCUUACCCACCACUCGAGUUAAAUUUUGCAAAUGAUAGUUUAAAUAAUGUUAAAUUAAUAAAUUUACAACCAGACUUUAAUAGGUCUUUCGAAGAUAGAAAUCCGCUUUAUUUUAUACAGACUAAAUUCGUGCUAUUUUUACCUGACGCUACGAGGAUAUCAAGUAAACAAGUUUUACAGGAAGCUGUAUUACAUGCAACAGAAACAGGUGCGAUAGCAUUACCAAUUGGCAAAAAUUCUUUGAAUUGUUUAGAAUUACAUGUUAAGAUAAAAGAAUGGAAUUUGCGUGUUACCAAAACGACUGGUACAACUUGCGAUGCUAUUACCGGUAAACAUGCGACUCUAAUUGAUACACAUGCAUUAAAAAAAUUAUCUGAUCCAUUCAUGUUGCCGUUUAUGGAUGCAUUGUAUCUGCAAACAACUGUUGCUAAUAUCAAAAUUAAUAUAAUGAAGAAUCAUCAGCUGAAUGAAGGAAAACCAUUGUUUCGAAGUCAACAAUCACAAUGGAAAUUGCAACAGCUCCAUCAAAAACGAGAACGAUCGAUGUUCGAAAAAUUAGGAUUCAAAAGAGUAAUAAGAGCAUCGGGUGCUGUUGAUUGGUAUGGAUGUUCACGAGAUACGCCACGUUGUUUUGGAUCGAUAGUUAAUGGAGUACCAUCGUAUCUGUAUCAAAACCGUUUCACACCACCUUGUUGCCUGGCUGGUCUACGUAAAGUUGCUCAUCACGUUUUUGAUAAAUUAGAAGAGGUGGGAAUCAGGUUCUGGCUAGAGGGCAGUUCGUUGUUGGGUGCAAUGAAAAAUGGUGACAUUCUACCGUGGGAUUAUCAAGUAGAAAUCGGGAUCAAUCGGGAUGAUCUAAAUCGUUCACCGUGGUUAGUAAAAGCACGUAAUAAACCUGUCACCGAUAAUCACGGGUUUGUUUGGGAGAAAGCGACUGAGGGAGAAUUUUAUAAAGUCCAAUAUUCUAAAAUAAAUCGUUUACAUGUUAAUUUACUCCCAUUUUAUGUUAAAAAUGGUACAAUGACACGCGAUUCUUGGUUUUUGAAGAACCGCGAUUUUCCGGAACAAUUUUUGCAUCCAAUGUCGAGUAUCGAAUUUGCGGGUAGGCAAGUGCCUAGUCCUAAUAAUAUUAGGGAUUUUUUGGAAAUAAAGUAUUAUAAAGGUGUUGUCGAGAAUCCAGAAUUACCUGGGAAAUUAUUUAAUUAGUUAAGUGCUAGAUUUUAAUAAUUAUAACUAUUUUUCUCCGAUCUCCUGUUAUUUAGGCUCUGUAGUUAGAUUUAUUAUUAAUAAUCAUUCCAUUCAUUUUUAUUAAUAAUAAAUGUGUCAAGUUUAACGUUAUCUAGAUUGUUUACGGUCGAUUACUUGGGGAAUGGUGCCAAUAAUAUUCAAUAAAGUAUGCAAUAGAAUGACAUAAUCAAUUACUUGACAUAUUGCUCAGUUUUUUGCUAUACUUAAAUAAAACUUUUUUUUAACUCUUACUCAUAUUAAUGUUUAACUAAAUUGUGCAGUUAUGAUUUUAUGUUUGGGAGAUAAUAAUAAUUAUUGAACAAAAAAUA